UUCGCUUGCGGCCAUCUUCAGCCACAAUUUCACUUCCGAUUCCGCUCCGGGUCGUCGUGUUGUGUUGUGUAAAGUGUUGCGAGGGUAAAGUGACUAGACGGAGCUUAGCGGAAGUCGGCAGCGAGAAAACGUUGCUCACAAUGGUCGCACCCUGCUGCUCUAAUCAACGCACGUCACAACAGUGGAAGCCGCUGUUACGAUUUCUUCUAGUGAUUCUUGUAAGCUUCAUAGAAGUGCCGCUGAUCGAAGCUACCGUGUCCUGUAAUGCCAUUGCACGAUGGCCAGCGCUUGACUACAAAUCGGACCGUGCCUUCUACCCACUGAUGGUGUCCUUUUCGCGCUAUCCAUUCCACGAUGUGUAUGAGGCUAAUCCGGGCAUCCUGCCAUCAAACAAACACUCCGCUGUUGCUGGUUCUGUGACGGUGGCCGGUGGUCGACCAGGACUACCGAAGGCGAGGAAGAACUUUUUCCCACCGGGUGCGGAACAGAACCAUCGGAACUGGAGACACCAGAGCCACGUGAGAACGCCGACCAAGAACGUGUGCCAGGGUUUGAUCUAUCUGCCCCAGCAGCUGCAAGCGUCCGGCCGAAGGAUGCUGCCGCUUAAGAUGCGCAAACUGUUGAAGUACUGUGGAUUUAUUUAGGUUUUAAAGGGGGAUUCUUGUGUUGGUUGCUGUUGUAAAUAUUGUGAGAAAGUUAGCAAAUAAAAGUUACUGUUGUUUUU